CGUAGCAGUUCAUAAGAUGGGGAUUUCCCUAAAAUCGGAAAGUUAUGUAACUGCAUUUUAUAAAUAUCCUUUAGAAUUUAAUUGCAACUUGCAAUGUGACAAUGAAGAUGUUGUUAUGCAGUUUAUUAUAAGACUAGAUCCAAAAGUAAUAAAAACUUGGCUGCAUCAAUGAGUUGAAGAUUUGAUGAUGGCUAGUAACAUCGGAGAUAAUUAUUAGACUGCUCAUCCACAAUGAAGGGUCCAGUGGGAAUGCCAACUAUUAUCGUUCUUGUGUUACUUAUUCCCGUAAAUUCUCAAAACUUCGUCUCAGGAGAUGUCUCAAAAGAAAUCCAUUGCCCUGUGGAAAAACCCUUUCCCUGCUAUCCACAUAUGUCAUGCUGUGGCUUCGAUGAGUAUUGCAGUUCUAAAUCAAGUGCGUGUGAGCCUUGCAUUUCUUUUGCUGUAACGAAAAGGGAAGAAGCACUUAAAAAAUGCUUGAAAAAUGAAUGGACAUGGACAAAUGGACAGUGCCGGUUUGCAUGUGUCGUUCACUUUGAGAAAGAGAUGCUCGACAAUGCCUUGAAGAAUGUAUCCUCACCUAAGCAGACAGCAGACGAUGUGCCAAUAAUCAACGAGACUCCACCCAAUGAAUUCUUGUUGCUAUAUCAGGUCGCUGUUGCGGGCCUAAGCGUAAUCUUGAUUUUGCUGUUGAUCGGCAUCUUUCUUCUGGUGCUGACUAAAACAGAUUGGUUAAACAAUAGAAUAUGUUGUAAAGAUAAAGACACGAGUCUGUCAUUAGUUAUAACUCACUCUUCCACUGAGAACUCCAUGGCACAACUUGGCCAAAGCAACGGCAGUAUGGACACAAACUGCAGUACUGAUGACGAGCUCAAGCAGACCGGCACCUUCGACAUAGGUCACGGAGGUCACGAGCAGACCAAUACAGCUCCAACAAUGGCACCUGACGGCGACGUACCGGUACAUGAAGCCCGCGAAGAAGAGAGUCCUCUGUUAAACAGGGCAGACGACUCUCCUGGGCAUGAAGGCACCAAUGCUACACAUGCAGACAUGGCGGCUGAGCAGGCUCGUCUUAGAGGGAUGCACCUCAACGAAACGAAUUCCGAUAAGUUUGAGGUGGUUACGAAUGUUACGCGGCAUCAAAACAGCUAUGUCUGAAACUGCAAUGCCCCCCCCCCUUCCAAACUAGGUCGUAGAAGGGGUCACACACAUUUAUUAUACGUGGUGGCUGUUCGUUAGAACUCACACCGAAUCUCGAGUUAGAAUUUGUUCCGUCGGGACUCCAUUAUGGUAUUUGAGAGCGUCCGCGUGACUCCACCCAGUCUUUAAAGGUACUGACAGGGGACAUAAGUAGCCCUACUUGCCAUCGGAUAUAAAUAGCCCUGCUUGCAAGGGGGCAUUACGAAACCUUAUGGCUAGGGACAUAAAUAUCCCUGUUAGUAAGAGGACAUUACUUCUAAAACAUAUGGCUAGGAACAUAAAUAGCCUACUUGCCAGGGGACAUCGAUAACCCUAAUUGCUACGUAUAACACUAAACGUGAGUCACAGAUAGCACUUAACCCACCUCAGUCGUAUUUGAAGAGAUUUUAAUGCGCCUUCUUAAACCAGUGAAUAUUCAUUGCCCACUUGCUGUCUCUGUUGACAUCUCACUACAUCUCUGUCAACGCAGAUGUCUCAAGCUAGUUCAAACUUAGUCUAACUCUACCGUUUCUCACUCCAAAAAGAGGACUAUGGGUUAAGGUUUAAUUUACACCAGGAAGAUGGGUAGUGCCUUUUAUACUGUCUUAACUAGAGCCACUAAAAUGGUUAGGGCACAAAGUAAGAAUGCCAGUCAGCUAACAAUACUUGGUAGCCUAUAACUUAAGGCAUUCGACCUUCACAACAAAAAGCGAGUUUACGAAGUGAAAAGAACUUUACAAGAGAAGAGAAUUCGCGUCAACGGGCCUCACAACUAGCAGCAGACUAUCUGCAGCGCCCCUCCGCGACACUUUUACGUUAAAAGAGAAAUAACUCAACGUAACUUAACAUUCAUGUUGUUCAUCUCCAGCCGCAUCACAAUAGAAAAACAAUACCGCCCUCGCCAAACUUACGUGUUUACGUGUUAUGAGCACUAAUUCAAAACUUUAAGAGGUACACUAUAUUGCAGUGCAACCCUCAGUCAACUACUUUGGAAGGGGCCCAUUGCAUGGAAGUUGUAAAUAGUAUAUUUCUGAUUGAUAAUAUAUGCAGUGGCGUAGCAUCCGUGGCGCGAAGGGGGGUUCAAUGCACGCGAACCCACGACCAUUAGGGGCCCACAGCCCAUGGUGUAACAACCAUGUCGCUAACGGGUUCAUUGUACAUGGGACCAUGACUCAUGAUUUCUUGGGGCGCACAUGAGCCCUUGAGUAUGAGACCAAAGUGGCUAAAAAUAAUUGAACUGCUAUGAAUAGUAAAGAUUGUAUAUGUCUUUCUCAUUUAUCAAUACAUUACCUGAAGAAAAAUACCAACUAACAAAGGACGAAAUUCUAAUAAUACACAUCCUUUAGAAGUCAUGAAAUAUAUUGUCAAACACGAGUUCUGUAGAUCUAAUUUGGAUGCCCAAAAGAUAUUUCAGGCACAAAUAAGGGUUGGGAUUUUAUGGAUUUUAGCAACUUUAUGAUUCUGUACAAUAUGAAAAACGACUGAGAUGUUUAAUAGUACCUCGCUUUCGGUUGUGUUAGUCCUGAAAGCGCGUUACUGUCAGCCAUGCUGGAUGUUCAAGAGCAGAGAUGUUCGGCGUCAACAACAAUCAAUCAAUCAUCAACAAACUUGCCAAACAUACCAACACCAUGAACAACUGAGAGCGGUGGAUGAAGUAAACAAGAAACACCUUGAAAAGACGGUGGAAAGUAAUUCCUCACAUAGUGAUUAUUACUUAAAACUUUAGCAUGCAACAACCUUUCAUUUCGUGGUCAUCGCGAAGAUUAUCGUUUAAGUAACACGAGUAACAAAGGAAAUUUCUGAGCGGUGAUAGAAAAAAAAGACAAAAAAAACAACAACAAACAAACAUUUAACUCACCCCACAGAUUCAAAGCGAGAUGGUAGACCUAAAGAUAGAAUACCCAAAUAAUAGCAAUUAGAGAGUCUUUUCUAGGUUUUCAUAUUUGUGAGAAAUACUCCACGUAUUUCAAAUGAUCAUGUAUCUUUAAAUAAACUACCAUCAGGGCUAUGAUGGUGCCUCCAAUAUGAGCGGAUAGUACAAUGGCCUUCAGGCCUUGCUUCAACACUUGCGCAUUAUGUUAACUGUGCUAACCGCAACUUGAACCUAGACUUUACAUUAUUCCGGCAGCUGUGUAUAAGAAAUUGCAGAUUUUUAUAACUUGAUUCAACGUGUGUAUGUAUUUGCUCAUAGAAUCUCAAGAUGGCCGGUUCUUGGAUCCAUUUGGAAGCAUAAUGAUUUAAUAGAGCACACACAAAAUUGUGGUCAUCAAGGAAUAAUGUUCUAACAGCCAUGAGGCUCAAUUAUUUAAUGUGCUAAAGCAAAAAUUAUCAUGCGUUCCCCCAAAGAAAAAGAACGCCUGAACCUGCAGCACUCAGAAGGAAAUUAAAAACAUUUGAUAACAUUGUUCUGCUUAUUUUUGACCAUAAAAUUGUAAGCGUAAUCAACGUUGUAUCAAAAAUGUUGCAACGUGGUCAGCAAAAUGUAAGUAAAGAUGUGAGGCUGCUGUGGUUACACUAUGGUAGCUCCAUCUAGGGAUGUUGAUCCAUUUAUUUUUUUUUUUUGCUCCACAAGAUUGCGGAAAGUUAAAAGCCUAUCACUGACUACUGUUCCAAGAAAAUUCAAGAGGCAAAGAAGACUUUCAAAAUCAACGUAUUUUACCGAACUAUCAAUGUCAUUGUUUCUCAAUUGCAUACCAUUUCCUUCCCAUGACAAAAAUUUUCACCAUGGUUCAGUCAUUAAUGCCCAGUUUCAUUUCAAGUGCAAAGGACAAAGAGUUGUAUGAUGCCAAUAUGCUUCUAAGUCUCUGGUACCACUAUGAUACUGACAUAGAAUAUUGUUCAGAGAUGCAAUCCUGGAAAGAAGCUUUCCAGAACGACAGAUAAAGCCAGUGUUCAAUAUGAAGUUGACCUUUUUUUAAUCACACACAUACUUGAUCAUUAAGAUUUCCAAACAUUGUCACAGCAAUCAUGUUAUUUCUCACUUUGCCUGGGACAGUUUGUUAGACACAGCGGCCAUUUUCGAAGUAGAGAUUAAUCAAAAAUUAUUUAAGAAGUUCGUUUAAUACUAUUAAUAAGUUGUAUAAGCAUUGAGUUUUAAGACCCCCCCCCCCUUUUUUUUUUUUAUUAUGGACUCCUAGCUAAAUCAAUGACAUUAUUACUUACUGCAAAUUGUUUUUUGUCAUACACUAAAUUUGUCUUUUUCAGUGAGGGGGCCCACCAACAUAUUCUUGAACCAUGGCCCACUGGUACCUUGCUACGCCACUGAAUAUAUGCGUGUGUCACGGUGUGUGUGUGUGCAUGUGUAUGUUUUUUUUUAAUGAAUAUUUGAAUUUUGUAAAUCACAAUAUUGCAGUUAGAAAUGUCUUAAUGAAUAGGGGUGUUUUUAGCUGGGUAAGAUAGUGGAUUCUAACCCCCCCCCCCCAACCCUGUUUGAAAACGACUAUAAUCUAGUGACUUUUUAGCAAUGAGCGGGUUAGAAAAAAAAAAGAAGAAAACAUUUUUUUAAAAUUAAAUCUAUUUAUUGGCUUUGGACUCCCGCCCAUUCAAAAGAUUGUAAGACUUAUUUAAUUAACACAUGGAUAAUUUUAGGGUCUAAUGAUCGUUUUUUAAAGCAUGUCUGUAAUUAUUAAGAUAGACAUUAUAUAACAUACAUAAAAACAAAAUAGGCUAAACCACUGCCGGUCCACUGCCAUGUUGAGUAAGCAGGUAGUAUUGUAACAUUCCUAAAUUAUUGUUUGCUAAUUGAAAUAUUGCACAAAGCCUAGUUAGCACUCAAUGGUGCUUCAUAUUAAUGCUUUUUAAGUCUGUACACUAUAAGCUUCAGUUGUUAAAGUCAACACAUUAAGGCUUUAAGAUUUCGUGAUGUCACUACUGUAAAUAAUGAGCUUCUAAAACGAAUUGGUUUAAAGUAAAUAUAUUUUAAGAAUAUAUAGGCCUAUUAAACUAGUACCAUUUUAUGAAUUAUAGGCCCUACAUAACACUAAGCCAAGUAUAUUUUAAGAAUGCUUUGACCUGAUUGGUGAUGCAUAUUUUAAUUAGGUUUGUAAGAUAUAUUAUGCCUUGACCUAGAAGCAAUCGCAUGGCUACGAGUAUCAUAGUGUGUAUAAUACAGUACUUCAUUAGUUAGAUCUAGAUCAUAGACGUAUAUAUUAUAUUAUAUAUAAGUCUCUAUAUAUAUAUAAGUCUAUGAUCUAGAUCUAUAUGCAAUGAUAUUCUUCUCAUAGUUUGUAUACAGGUAAUUUAUUGGUUAUAUGUGAAGGCAUUGCCAGAUUGUGAAUAGCUGUAAUUUAUGGUUAUAUGUGGAGGCCUUGCCAGAUUGUGUAUCGCAAUAAUUUAUUGCAGAUAUGUGAAGACAAUCUUAUUUUAUAUACCAGUAAUUUGUUGGCUAUAUUUGAAGAUAUGUCAUAAUUUGUAUAUCAGUAAAUGAUACAUUGGAGACCCUGAGUGGUAAAGCGAUUGGCUUCCAAACCGGGAAUACCGAUGAAAUCUGGAAUUUUUAAUUUCGGGAUCUUUAGUGCGCUUCUCAGUCCAUCCAGCUCUAAUGGGUGCCUGAUAUUAGUUGGGUAAAGUAAAGGCGGUUGUCCGGUGUGCUGGCCACAUGAAAAUGAAGGGGGAACUUUACCCUUACUUUUAUAGAAAAACUAAUUCAUCCAUUUUCAUACAACUUACAAUAUUAAGACAAUAAAAGCUUUACAAACUUACACAUAUCCAUAGAUGGAAUAUUUAAGAACAUUUGAUAACAUGAAUAUGAAAGGGGAAUUUACUUAAAUAAUACUUUGGUGUAUGAAAAUGCGUGAUUCAUUUAUUUUGGGUUUUAGGUAAAUUAAAUAUUAUCUCUAAAUUCGUCAACUGCGAUUUAGUAAAUUUACCAAUUUUAAGCUACAAGUUUCUGAUUGGAAAUCUCAGUUUGCAUUCUCAGAAUAUCAGUUCUCUUAUAAAACAGCCGAGUCAACAUGUAAUGUUUGUGUUUGAAAUGGUUUUAGCCUUUUUCUUUUACCAAUGAUAUCAUCUCUAGGGUCACAAAAUUGAGUCUAUGUAAGAUCAAGUGCAGUCUUAUAACUUAUUUUCAUAUAACAUAAUAUACACAUAAUAAUGUUAAACAAAAUUGUCAGCACAAAUAUUACUUUGAGGAAGAGAGUGCAGAUCGGGGUAUCAAUAGCAUCAAUUAGAAGAUCACUUUGCAACAGUGUUGUUACAAUGUUAUACAUUUACACGAGUACCGAUUUAGGCAGCACUGACCCAUUAAAAUCGCACUAUGUGACUAGAUGUAUGUGCUACAUUGUAUAUGUAAUUGGUAGAUGAAGACAAUGUAAUCACGAUAUUUAAUCAUAGUCCUGCAACGUUGUUGUUGUUGUUUUUUACAUUGUUAGGUAAUAUUUAUGUAGUUUCUGUGUUUGUAGAUUGUUGUAAGCCCCUACACAUUAGUGUAUAUAAUUUUUUUUUCUGUAGUUUAUAACAAAUAAAGUAGGCCUACGUGUAAGGAAAAGAAAAUAUUUUAAGCCUUGUUUCCGUUUUGAAUAGACUGUUGGUUUACACCACUUCGUUACAGAUACAGCAUGAAUCUUGGAUUGUAUUCGUGUUAGUGUUGACAUUUCUUUUUCAAAAUUGUAGGCCUAUAUUAAAUUGUAGCUUGUGUAAUUUAUAUUAAUAUAAAUAACGUAAUAUAUAAAUAAUAUUUUCUACUUUGACAA